AUGCAAACCGCGAGCGCCGAAGAGUGGAGCCAGAGGGCACUACACGUGCCGACCCUCCAUCUCCCGGUCCAAGCCACCACCAACAACAACACCGAGCCGGACCACAGCAGACCCUUCCCCAGGGUCACCCUCAGCUGGGAGAACCUUCACUACGCCAUUCCACAACCUGCCUCGACGUCGGCAGGCGGGUGGCAGAGCUGGCUCCCAUUCAAGACGUCGGCCACGUCAGCAAGCCAGGGUGGUGUACCAGCCCACCAGCGCCGACGCCGGAAGCGACGAAACUCGACCUACGCCGACGCCGAAGAGCUGGGUCUGCGAGACGCGGAGGAGGGACUGACCGGCGAGCCAGACGAACAAGACACGCUCAUCGCCGACGAUGAGGCGGCGCAGGAGGAAGAAGAUGGGAUGAAGAAGCUGCUGCGUGGGGUGGAGGGCAUCGUCUACCCCGGCGAGCUGUGCGCCAUCAUGGGUGCCUCAGGUGCGGGCAAGACUACCCUCAUCGACGUGCUGGCAUGCCGCGGGAUGAAGGGACGCCUGAGCGGCGAGGUGAACCUGAAUGGCGAGCCGGUGGCCAAGCGGCAGGCCUUCUUCCGCCGCGUGUCGGGCUACGUCAUGCAGGACAACAUCAUGCUCGAGACCCUCACCGUGAGGGAGACCAUCUCCUACGCCGCGCGGUUGAAGCUGCCCUCUAAAAUGACACGGGCCGAGAAGGAGCAGCGCGUGGACCGGGUGAUGGCCGAGUUGCGGCUGACGCACAUCGCCGACUCGCGGGUGGGUGGGUCAUCGAGCCGCAGCAUCUCCGGCGGCGAACUCAAGCGCGUGGCCAUCGCCAUCGAGCUCGUUUCUUCGCCGUCCCUGCUCUUCCUGGACGAACCCACGUCGGGCCUGGACAGCAACGGCGCCACCGACCUGGUGCAGCUCCUCAAGAGCUUGGCCACGCGGGGCCAGCGCACGGUGCUGUGCACGAUCCACCAGCCGUCGUCGCACAUGUUCAACGCCUUCGAUAAGCUGCUGCUUCUGAGUCAGGGCCGCGUGAUCUACUUUGGCAAGGCCGACAAGGCGGUGGACUACUUCUCCGGCCUGGGCAUCCGGCCGCCGCCCAUGUCCAACCCGGCCGAGUUCAUCCUCGACAUCGCCUUCCACGCGCGGCGUCAGGAGGCGCUCGAGCAGGGCGAUCACACCAGCACCGAGGUCUCCAUUGUCACUCCCCGAUCACCCAUGAUCGGAAGCGAAAGCAUCAACGAUGUCUCGUCGGAGGAGCGCACCGAGGCUGACGCGAUGUUUCCGUCGACCUCGGAGCUGGCCUUCCAGUACAAGCAGUCGACCUGGUACCAGGCCGUGACCAAGGACCUCGGAGCCGAACGCGCGGCCGGCCGCAAGAAUACUACAAGAAGGAAAACGCGAUCAAGCCAGACAGCGUUGGAGUCUCGAUCAUCGCGCAGGGAGCUUCUGUACCUGCGACGCCACCCGGACCUGUUCUACUCGCGCCUCUUGGUGCAGGUGGCCAUGGGCUUCGUCAUGGGGUCUCUGUGGUUCCAGCUGGAGGAGGACCACCUCUACGUGCAGAAUUGUCUCGGGGUGAUCUACAUGACCAUCACCAUGCUCUCCUUCACCUCGUUCAGCAGCGUGGCCAGCUACCUGGAGCAGAACGCCGUCUUCCAUCGGGAGAGGGCGUCGGGGAUGUACGUGGCACUGUCCUACUUCGUUUCGAAGGUCAUCGUCGCCUUUUCCUUCAUCGCCGUACUCGUUGCUAUCGAAUGUACGAUCGUGUAUUGGAUGGUGGGCCUGCGGCGCGACAUGUGGCACUACUUCGCCUUCUUCGUUCUUGUCAUCACACUUGCCGCCUGGAGUGCCGAGGCCCUGAUUUUCGCCAUCUCGGGCCUCACCCGGACCGUGCAAGUGGCCCAGGUGGGCUUCGCCUUCACCCUCGGCGUGUUCUUCAUCUUCGCCGGGUUCGUCAUCAACACCAACUCCAUCCCGUCCUACUACGCGCCGGCCAAGUACGCCUCGUUCAUCAAGUACGGCUUCGAGGCGCUGGUGUACAACGAGUUUGUCGGGCGUGUGGUGAACGGGGUGCCCGGCGAGGUGAUCAUCGCGCAGACCACGGAGGGCUUCUCCGUGUGGCUCGACGUGGGCGUGCUCGGCGGCAUGACGGCCUUCUACCUGGUCGUGGCCUUCCUCGCGCUCCAGUUCCUCGACAAGGAGAAGAGGUAG